AUUUUUAUUUCAAGCAAGCUCUUAAGUCUUGUUAGCAUGCGCGCAUUUUACAAAGCCAUCUUAAAAACAAAGAGCAGCUGCAGGGUGGUCAGAUGAAGUAAGAAUGCCUCCUUCGAAAUGAAUUAUUGCGUCUAGGUGCUGCUCUGGCAUCAUGCAUUUUUAAAUGAAUACAUAUUUAUUCUCACUCUGCUCGCCCUUCUUUUCAUUUAUUUAUUUAGUGCAAAUGCAAUUAGUAUUCUUUAAUUUUUAUAGUAUUUAUAAAUGUUCGGUUACAUAACAAACAACAAGAGCAUGGCCACUGAUACCCAAGCUGGCACCAAGGCCCCUCCUGGUGGGUGCACAAGUCAAGAAUGGUCGCUCAACGACUCUGCCAACUUUUAUACAGCCAUGUCCGCAUUCACUUUUUUUGACGACGGCAAGCUGGUUGUAAGCCACACUCACUUUACUGACAAGGAGAUUGAAAUUAUCAACAAUGUCGAGUUUGACAACAUCAUCAACCCUCCAAAUGCCCCAUAUAACAGUGUUGAUGCUGAGUCCGUCUGGGCACUCACAUUCCAGGGAGUUCCAAUGUUUGGGAUGAGCUAUGUCGACAUGCUUUCAAGACUCCGGACGCUCCAGAAAGCUGCUGGCGGGUACAAAUCAACUAAAGUAAUAAACCAAAAACACCGGGACUCUAUUGAAAAGUUUGCUUUUGAAUUCAAGUCGCUCAAUGAAACGGGGGGAUUUACUGGCGCCGCCCACACAGACGUAAGCGGGAACGUCAAUCAGCAGCCUGCAAGGCCACUCAUUAACAUCAAAAACUUGGACAACAUCAAAGCGCUGCUAAGGUUUAUUAUUCACGGAAAUAUGUUUUGCAGGGCUAAUAAUGUGAACAUGCCACUUCAAGAGCUGACCACCCAAAUGAAAGAGAUACUGGCAGACUUUUCUGAGCCCGAGAUGUGGAUUUGGGCAAUGGUUAGGAGACACGGUGUGGUGAUGAUUAGCUACAUGAAUACCUGCAUAUCAAAUUUAGCAGCGACAUUUGUCAAUGAGAAAAGCAAGCUGGAUGCUGAAGACCUCAGAUACAUGAUUGCAAAGAAUAGGAUUCCCAAAGGUUACUUGGCCAAGCUGCUCAAACGAAUGCUAGAUGCAAUUUACGACUUGGAAGACGACUCUGAGCCAAAGCCUGAGCCAAAGCCUGAGCCAAAUCUUGUAAAGCCCAUCAAUAUUCUGCCUGAGCCUUUAAAUGACCCAAGCUCUACUAUCAAUGACUCCAACUUUUCCGAGAUACUGGAGCUAUUAUCGAGCCCGCAGCUUACCAGCAUUUCAACCAAUGGUAGCUUUACUUAUCCGACGCCGUUAUUAGCAAGUAAAAGCUUCCAAAGCGCCCUUGUUAUGCCGCCCACACCGCUCACACCCUUCACUCCAUUUACGCCGUCGACACCGGCUGGUCACAAAAAGUUCCCCCUACCAUUGAUACUUGGGAGCUCGUGCACUAGUUCUGCGCAAGGUUUUCAUCCCAAUCCGAGAGGGUUGAAAAGGCAAAAAACGACAUCAUCGCUGCCCUCGCGACCUUCGCAGAUCUCGCGGCCCUCAUUGCCAUCGACAAGUUCUUUUUCUGUCAGCAGCCUUUACCGUGCUCAGUCGAAUCCAUGUCUGUGGAAAUUUUGAUACUGAAAUGUAGCCAAAUACAAUCCCACCUACGAAAAAGAGCAAUACAAUGUUCUCAUUGUAUUAUUCAAACUAUUCUAGUCUCCUGUUAUUAUAUUACCGUUUUCAAAUAUAUUUAUUA